AUGAAGGCUCUCAUUCUUGUCGGUGGUUUUGGCACCCGCCUGCGGCCUCUUACCCUUACACUUCCCAAGCCCCUGGUAGAGUUUGGUAACCGCCCUAUGAUCCUGCACCAAGUUGAGAGCUUGGCUGCUGCUGGUGUGACGGACAUAGUUCUAGCUGUCAACUACCGCCCAGAUGUUAUGGUUUCUGCCCUGAAGAAGUACGAAGAACAGUACAAUGUCAAGAUCGAAUUCUCCGUCGAGACCGAACCCCUCGGCACCGCUGGUCCUCUGAAACUUGCAGAGGACAUUCUCGGCAAAGACGACUCUCCGUUUUUCGUCCUCAAUUCCGAUGUCAUUUGUGACUACCCUUUUCAACAACUAGCCGAGUUUCACAAGCGCCACGGUGAUGAAGGAACUAUUGUCGUCACCAAGGUGGACGAGCCCUCAAAGUACGGUGUUGUCGUCCACAAGCCCAACCACCCCACGCGCAUCGACCGAUUCGUCGAGAAGCCCGUCGAAUUCGUCGGUAACCGCAUCAACGCCGGAAUGUACAUCCUGAACCCGAGCGUUCUGAAGCGCAUUGAGCUGCGCCCUACCUCCAUUGAGCAAGAGACUUUCCCCGCCAUCGUCCGGGACGGCCAGCUUCACUCAUUUGACCUGGAGGGCUUCUGGAUGGACGUUGGUCAACCCAAGGAUUUCCUUACCGGAACCUGCCUAUACCUCACAUCCCUUACAAAGCGCAACUCGAAGCUACUCGCCCCCAGUUCGGAGCCCUAUGUGUACGGUGGGAACGUCAUGGUCGACCCUAGCGCGAAGAUUGGAAAGAACUGCCGCAUUGGCCCCAAUGUGGUUAUCGGCCCGAACGUCGUGAUUGGCGACGGUGUCCGUCUGCAACGCUGCGUUCUCAUGGAGAACAGCAAGGUCAAGGACCAUGCUUGGAUCAAGUCAACCAUCGUUGGAUGGAACAGCUCCGUCGGCCGAUGGGCCCGUCUGGAGAAUGUGACCGUUCUCGGUGACGAUGUGACGAUUGGUGACGAGAUCUAUGUCAACGGCGGCUCCAUCCUGCCACACAAGAGCAUCAAGCAGAACAUUGAUGUCCCUGCGAUUAUCAUGUAA